GUAGCCUCGCAUUCAUGGAAAGUUGUGAAGCGAUAGGGUACACUACACACCGCAAAAGAAGAAUGGCAGAAGCAGGUUCAAGUAACCAGGACCUUUUUACAUGCCCGAUUUGUCUUGAUCUCCUUAAGGAUCCAGUGACUGUUAACUGUGGACACAAUUACUGCACGGGCUGCAUUAAGGGCUGCUGGGAUCAGGAAGAUCAGAAGGGAGUCUACAGCUGCCCUCAGUGCAGACAGACGUUCACUCCAAGACCCGUUUUGAACAGAAAUAAUAUCUUUGCUGAGCUUGUGGAACAGUUCAGGAAGAGCAGAAUUCAACCUGCUGUUCCUGCUCCUGUUGUAUGUGCUGGACCACCUGGAGAUGUGGAGUGUGACGUCUGCACUGGGAGAAAACUGAAAGCUGUGAAGUCCUGUCUGGACUGUCUGGUGUCUUACUGUGAAACUCACUAUAAAGUUCACAAUGAAGUCCAUCCUGGAAGAAAACACAAGACUGUUGAUGCCACAGCUCAGCUACAGGAGAGGGUCUGCACUCAACAUGAGAAGCCUUUGGAGAUAUUCUGUCGUACGGACCAGAGUUGUAUCUGUUUUCUCUGUAUGGUGGAUGAACACAAAGGCCAUGACACUGUGUCAGCAUCUGCAGGGAGAAAGGAGAAACAGACACACUUGGGAGAGACCCAGAGGAGAUUCCAGCAGAGAAUCCAGGAGAGAGAGAAGGAGCUGCAGGAGCUGAGGAAGGCUGUGGAGACGCUCAAGAGUUCUGCACAGACAGCAGUGGAGGACAGUGAGAGCAUCUUUACUGAGAUGAUCCGCUCCAUUGAGAGAAGGCGCUCUGAGGUGACAGAGCUGAUCAGAGCUCAGGAGAAGGCUGAGGUGAGUCGGGCUGAAGAACAUCUGAAGCAACUGGAGCAGGAGAUUGCUGAGCUGAAGAGGAGAGAUGCUGAGCUGGAGCAGCUUUCACACACAGAGAACCACAUCCAUUUCCUCAAGACUUUCCAGUCAAUGAGCAACACAGCUGAGACUAAAGACGUGUCCAGUACCUGUGUUAACCAAAGCCUUUCUUUUGAGGCUGUGGAGAAAUCUGUCUCCUCACUAAAGGGGCAGCUGGAGGAUUUCUGCAAAGAGGAACUCAUGAAGAUAUCUGCAGCAGUGGCUAAAGUCCAGGCUAUGUUGCCUUCUGAACCUACAGCCAGAGAGGAAUUCCUACAAUAUUCCUAUCACUUCACACUGGAUCCAAACACAGCUUAUAGAUACCUCCAUCUGUCUGAGGGGAACAGGAGGGUGAAGGGGAGAUAUGAGCUCCAGUCAUAUAAUAAUCAUCCAGAGAGAUUUGAUGGGUGCCCUCAGGUGCUGUGUAGAGAGGGUGUGUCUGGACGCUGCUACUGGGAGGUGGAGUGGAAUGGAGAGGAUGUUUUUAUAGCAGUCUCAUAUAAAAGCAUCAGCAGGAAAGGAGGGGGUGCUGAGUGUGUGUUUGGAUGUAAUGAUCAGUCCUGGAGUCUGAUCCUCUGCAGCUCCAGCUGCUCUUUCUGGCACAAUAAUAAAGACACUGAACUCCCUCUAGUGGCCAGCUCCAGAAUAGGAGUGUAUGUGGAUCACAGGGCAGGAACUCUGGCCUUCUACAGCAUCUCUGACACAAUGACCCUCCUGCACAGAGUCCAGACCACAUUCACUCACACACUCUACCCUGGGUUUUAUAUAUAUAGUGGAUCAUCAGUGAAGCUGUUGUGAGUAUUCUCAGUUGGGCAUUGGUCUGGUAUGAGCCAGGCUAGGACCCUGCUGCACUCGUCACAAACACAUUGAGGAGAAGGAAGGGUACGUAGUGUAGUGUAACAUAAAAGUCCAAAUGUAGUAAAAUGGUCGUUAUUGUAUUGUAACUUUAUUAAAAUAUAAGUUUGAAUAUUUUCCUGAAGUUUCACACAGCUCUCAUUAAUACAACAAUGUGUGUUAAUCUUUGCACCCAUACACUAUUUUGUACAAAACAUUUUGAAGUAGUAAUCUUAUUUUAGGUUUUAAUUAUGAAGAUAUAUAUAUAUAUAUAUAUUUUAAAUGCUCUGAAUGUAAUCAGCUGUGAAUGCAAACUCACUGAUACAGUAGGUGUUGCCCUUUAAACCCACUUAAUAUUUUGGACAACGCAUUUUGAACAUGUCUUAUUUUACUACAUUGAUACAGACCAAGAAAAAUAAGAAAAUAUUUGUAAAAUACUCUGAAUGUAAUCAGCUGUGUAUGUAAAGUCAGCUUCUGAUUGGGCUGUCUGUCUUUGCAGAAAUAAAAGGUGUGUUUGCCAUA